GUUUAUUUAAUGUUGCCCACAAGACGCUGAUGUGAUUUUGCCAAUCUGCUGGCUGUUUUAUUUUUAAAGAAAUUGCAAAACGACGUUGACCGUGAUAGCGUGUAGAGAUGACAAAAUCCAGGAAUGAAGUGACAGGUCAAAAUGUUACACCAUUGGAUAUUUUUAGAUAACUAGCCAGCCUUGGUUGCUAGCUAAUAACAAAACGAUUUAAAAUUCGCCAAAAUAAUCUAUUGAAAGUAAACUAAUCCGCUAUAUAUAUAUUAGAUUGUGAACACGUGUGGUAAUUUAGUAACGCUCUACUGGCAUGACUAUUCUAAAUAACGGUACCUAGCUGGCAAAGCGGAUAGCUAACGCUUAAUUCGGGACACGGCUAAUGUCAACAACUGUAACGCCACGGCGUACCCGGCCUUACACAACAACAGCAGCAAUUUGACGACCGUUUUUUUUUUUGGCGGUUUCGAAAUGCUAAUUUGGGAAUGGUGAUUUACACAGAGAAAAUCAUUUAGAAUUGAUAACUUUAGCUAGUUAGUGAUACCUAGCUGGCUAGGUGGUUCUCGUACUAGUAGUUCUGACAGUGACUUCAGUAGCCAGCUGUCAAUAUGCCUGGAAUGGUAGUGUUUGGUCGGCGAUGGGGAAUCGCUAGCGACGAUCUUGUCUUCCCCGGUUCCUUUGAGUUGUUCUUACGGGUUCUAUGGUGGAUAGGGACAUUUGCUCUCUACACUCUCCAUAAGGGGACGUUUGACUGUGCCGGUGGGAGUGUCCUACACAGCUACCUGGUGGUUCUUCUGGUUCUGCUGGCUUUAAUAAUCCUGUCUCUAUGUGCCAUUGUCUACAUCAGCGCUCAAGGGACCAUCACUAACCCGGGCCCGCGACGCUCCAUCCCUGUGCUGGUGUAUGUGCGGGCGAUGCUGUACGUCCCUGAGCUGCUCUGGGCCAUCCUAGGGGCCAUCUGGGUGUCUGACGACAGCCGGGGCUGUGAACCUGCUGGGGUGGGGGCCGUGAUAACUGCAGUUGUAGCCAGUUGGAUCCUGCUGGUGUCCACGGGUGUCGGGGUGUUGUUUGUGUUCGACCCGCUGGGCAGCCACCGGCCUGGGCCUCAGUCUCAGGAGCAGCUGGGGGUGAGGGACCUAGAAAGCAGUGACGGCUCCCAGCUCUUGUCCACCGCCCGUUCUGUGGCUGUCAGGGUGUGGGAGAGCAGGCUGAAGCUCCUCUGCUGCUGCUUGCCUCAAGAUGAGAGCAAUAGAGCUGCCUUCUCCAGCAUUGCUCAGCUAGUCAGUGGAUUCUUCUCGGAUACAGACCUGGUUCCUAGUGACAUCGCUGCAGGUUUAGCUCUACUACACCAGGAGCAGGACAAGAUGGAGCAGUGUAGAGACCCAGACGACGUCCUGUCUCACAGCCCCUCAUCUCCCAUUGCAGAGGAUCUUGAGGCAGAGCUGGAGAAGGCCGCCCACUGUAUGCAGUUUGCUGUAGCUGCGUACGGCUGGCCCCUAUAUGUCUACUCCAACCCUCUCAGUGGAGCCUGCAAGCUCAGCAGGGACUGCUGUAAGACGGAGACGGCUGAGUAUGACAUUGUUGGGGGAGACAGUAUGGGGUGUCAUUUUUCCUCCAUGCUUCACAGCACCGGCCUACAGUACCGAGAUUUCAUUUACGUUAGCUUUCACAACCAGAUAUAUGAGAUUCCGUUCUUUGUGGCUUUGGACCAUAAGAGAGAGGCAGUACUGGUGGCUGUCAGAGGAACACUUUCACUCCGGGACUUGUUGACUGACUUGUCUGCCAACUGUGAGAACCUGCCAGUAGAGGGAGUGUCAGGAACAUGCUACGCUCACAAGGGUAUGUCUCAGGCUGCAGGGUACAUCUAUAAGAAGCUCAUCAACGACGGCAUUCUGAACCAGGCUUUCACCAUUGCACCGGAGUACAAGCUGGUCAUCACCGGCCACAGUCUUGGAGCGGGGACAGCCUCUCUCCUGGCCAUCUUGUUACGUAGCUCCUUCCCCACCCUGCGGUGUUAUGCCUUCUCUCCACCAGGGGGUCUCAUGAGUAAAGCCCUGGCUGACUACUCCAGGGACUUUGUGGUGUCUGUGGUGCUCGGGAAGGACUUGGUACCAAGGUUGAGUUAUCCCAACAUGGAGGAUUUGAAGAGGAGAAUACUGAAAAUGGUUUCUAAUUGCAAUAAGCCCAAGUACCGCAUCCUGCUCCAAGCCUGUUGGUAUGAGAUGUUUGGGGGAGAUCCUGACGACUUCCCUACCGAGAUGGACAACAGACGUGAGGAGCAGCUUAGCCAGCCACUCUUAGGGGAGGAGUCAAUGUUGAUUCGCGGCUCCUCAUCCUAUCAGAGCCUGGCCUCCGAGAACUCGCCUGUACACCUCGCUAACCUGCCACUGUUCUUGCCAGGACGCAUACUACACAUUACAGAGGAUGGCCCGUCACGGAGGUCCUGUUUUUCCCAGGCCCGUUACCGGGCGGAGUGGUCGAGUGAGACAGCGUUCCGGAGUAUUCUCAUCAGUCCCAGGAUGGUUGCUGACCACAUGCCUGACGCUGUACUGCGGUCACUUUGCAGUCUGACGCGAGACAGGCCCUUCAACCUCUGCCCCUCGUCGCUCAGCAACAGCCACCUCAAUGUCAUCUGAGUCACCCUGCCACAAACAUGGACAGGAUGAGCCUGACUAUCUGUCGCCAGGCUGUGCCCAUACUGUCCCUGGUCGUUCAGGACCAGUACACUGUCUGAAGUACCCCAGAUGCUGAUCCUGCUUUGUUCACACCUUAUGAGCCCGGGGACUCCAAAGCCUAGAUAAAGGGAGAAGACAAACAAGACUAAUCAAUAUAAGAAUGGUGCAGGACUUUAUUCCUCCAUAGAACUUUGUAAUGGAGGUUGCAAUUCUAUUGUUUAUAUAUAUGCUGUAUAGUCAUCAUUGUUGCCAUUUCAUUGGUUACUUCUAUUUUGUUUUGUUAUAGUCAACCAUUGUGCUUUUGUGUAUAUAGUUAAAUAGCAUUGCAGUUUUGCUGUAAUUCUAAAAUUGUACAUUCAGAUUUUAUUUUGAUUCUGGUUUUCAGAGGACAUUAUUUGCAUUGAUUGUGUUUAACUGUGUUUUGUCUUUGUCCUGUGUUAAAUGUCUGAUAUUUUGGAAAGUUGCUUGAGGUAGACGUCCUUGACCGCAGUUCUAGUAUCAGAGGAUCUUCCCACACUCCUAACCCUAAUGAUUAGGGUGAAGAACAUUAUCUGGCCCAGGAGCAGGGGUAAGGGAAAACCUCUACUUAUUUGAUCAGGGGGAAUAGUGCCUUUGCAUUGCAGAACAAGUCUCACCAAUACUCCUGACGCUUGACCAGCGGUUUGUUUUACACUUUAUAUGCAGAACAAUUAGUGCAUGAAAUUGUCAUUGGCAUGAAAAUAGUAGCUUAAUUUAUUUCAGUUUCACAAUACAUUUGCUGUUAUCAUGCCAUAGACCGAUUACUUCAGGUAAUUAAACUAUGAGGGAAAGUAAAAAUAAGAAUAUAGCGUUUCACCCUGAAACGUGAAUUAUUUAUUGUGAUGAAAAAAAUCAUCAGUACAAAUAAAAAGGUCACCAUUAAUGUUU